GCUGCCGGCAGCGGAGGCGGAGGGACGGGGCGCACCCGCCCCGGCGGCCCCACAGCCACCCUGCGCCUGCCGGCUGGCGGCAGCAAUCCGUGUCCCGGAGCCCCGAGCCGGCCGCCGCCGCUGUCGCUCCCCUCCGGCAUGUUUUAAGCCCGGCCCUGCCCGUUCCCCUUCGGGUUACCCCUCCUGCUGCCGCAGGGUCCCGUUCCGUUUCCCUCCCCUCCCCCCCCAGCCCCCCGCUUUGGUCCCUACGCAUCCCCCCUGGAAGGGCCGGCGGCUGGGGGGGAGCGGGGGCGGUGGGCGCCCGGCGGGGGCGAGGGCAGAAAAGCCUCGCUCGACACCAUGGCGUCCAGCUAUGCCCACGCCAUGGAAAGGCAGGCCCUACUGCCCGCCCGCCUCGACGGCCCCGCCGGGCUGGACAAUUUACAAGCUAAGAAGAACUUCUCCGUGAGUCACCUGCUGGACCUGGAGGAGGCAGGAGACAUGGUGGCCGCCCAAGCGGAGGAGGGCGGCGGAGAGCCCGGCCGGAGCUUGUUGGAGUCACCUGGGCUGACCAGCGGCAGUGACACCCCGCAGCAGGACAAUGACCAGCUGAACUCAGAGGAGAAGAAGAAAAGAAAGCAGAGGAGGAACAGGACUACCUUCAACAGCAGCCAGCUCCAGGCAUUAGAGAGGGUCUUUGAGAGGACACACUACCCUGAUGCCUUUGUACGGGAAGACCUUGCACGCAGAGUCAACCUCACCGAAGCCAGAGUCCAGGUGUGGUUCCAGAACCGGAGAGCCAAGUUUCGCCGGAACGAGAGGGCGAUGCUGGCCAGCAAGAAUGCCUCUCUGCUCAAAUCCUACUCAGGGGACGUGACCGCCGUGGAGCAGCCCAUAGUACCUCGCCCAGCUCCGAGACCCACCGACUAUCUCUCCUGGGGUACCGCCUCACCUUACAGCGCCAUGGCCACCUACUCUGCCACAUGUACCAAUGCCAGCCCGGCACAGGGCAUGAACAUGGCCAACAGUAUUGCCAACCUGAGACUGAAGGCAAAGGAAUAUAGUUUACAGAGGAAUCAAGUGCCCACAGUCAAUUAAUGGCUGGAGGCAGCUGCCUUGCAGAAGAAAAUACAGCAGCAGCCGUCCUGCUUUGCAACGCGUUUUGUGCCGAAAGAAAAC